AUGAAAACCGGCAACAAAAUCAGUCAAAUCGUCCGCCUGAAGCAAGUCGUCCAGCGCUGGCGCCGCCGCAUCGCCACCGCGGGAUCACUCGCCGUCUACGUCGGAACCGAACGGCGUCGUUUCAUCAUUCCAACACGUUUUCUUAACCUUCCUGUUUUCGUAUCCUUACUCAACAAAGCGGAGGAAGAAUUUGGCUUUCAAUCUUCCGGCGGCCUUGUUCUGCCGUGCGACGUCGUUUUCUUCACGAAUUUGUUAGACGUUUUGGAGAAAAACGAGCGCCAGUUUUCUGAUUUUGAUUUUGAUGAUUUCAUGGCGAUGUUUUCCGAUUUGGAUGCGACUGGUUGUCGAACCGGCGUCGUUUUUGAUUGCCGGAGCUUUACUCCGUUGUUGCAGAAUGCCAGUGUUUGA